AUGGCGACGACGUCCUCGCGAGCCCUCCUCCGCGCGUUCGCGGCGUUCUCGCUCUUCGUCGCGACCGCCGCCGCCGCCGACGCCGACCCCACGUGCGGCGCGUCCUCGCCGCCGCCGUCGUCGUCGUCGCCGUCCCUCGUCGACAUCACCGCGCCCGUCGACGCGUCGCUCGUGACGUGGGAGAAGGCGGACGGACUCGGCGCGUCCCAUCGCGUCCAGUCCUCGUCGCGCGCCGACGGCGACGACGCGAACGUCUCCGAGCUCGCGUUCGGCGCGCACACCGGCACGCACGUGGACGCGCCGAGGCACUUCGCGAGAGACUCCGACGCCGGGAUCGAGACGCUGUAUCUGUCGUGGAUGAACGGACCGGCGAUGGUGAUCGACGCGUUCGACGUCCCCGCGCUCACCGCGGAGGCGCUCGCGAGCCUCGACAUCCCGCGCGGCGUCGAGCGCGUCGUCUUCCGCACGGACAACACGCGGCGGCGCUUGAUGCGACUUCGCGCGUUUCAGAGGGACUACGUCGCGUUCACGGAGGACGGCGCGCGAUGGAUGGUUGACUUUAGACCGGACGUCAAAACCAUCGGCGUGGAUUACGUUUCGGUCGCGGCGUACGACCACCUCGUCGCCGCGCAUCGGGUGCUUCUCGAGGCGGGGAAAGUCCCACUCGAGGGGUUGGUGAUCCCGGAGGAGAGCGUUCGGAGUGGGUGGUGGCGGCUGCACUGCGCGCCGCUGUUGCUCAUGGGGAGCGACGGCGCGCCCGCACGCGCGUGGCUCACCGAACUCGACUGA